AUGUAUUGGCUCAUAUCUUUAUGGCUGUAUAACGUAAUAAGUAUAAAAGCCUUUAUACUUCAAGAUACAUAUAACGUUUUACUUAAAGACGACAAGGACUACAAAGUGGAUCUUAUGAUAUCUGAUGAUGAUUACGAAAUGAUAGAUGAGAAACACUUGAAAGAAUUUAAAAUAGACAAAGAAAAAUACAAGUUUAAGGAAUUGGAUGAGAUAGCGAGAAGUGAAAAUUUUGAAGUAUUUAAAGUAAAGGCUAAGAUGGUUAAACAGCCGUACGAACCUAGUCUGCAGAUAAUAUCUGCAAAGGGAAAUGAGGAGAAGAAGUUGACUAUGUAUCCAGAACCGAGGUCUAUAACUAAAACGAAUAAAAGACAAAUUGAAACGGAGACUGAGGAAACUUACGAUUACGAUGAAUUAGUGAAUGAGUAUAAUGAUGAAGCGAACGAGGAAUCUCAGUCCAGCAAUGCGUAUCACAUGAGUAAAGCAGUGAACACAAUAUCGCAAUACGGAAUUUGGAAUGAGCUUAUGAAAUUAUUGUCGUUCAGAAGUGAUGUGACAAAUUGCUCUUAUGUGGACGGGAUAGGGUUGAUUGCAAUGAAGUGCUUGAUAGAAGACUAUAUCAACCACCGGUAUACGCUGAGAGAUGUAAUGGCCAGGCUUUGGAGGAUCUUCUUCGUAUGGUUCCUUGUGUACUUGGCUGUGGCUAUACCUUUGUGGUGCACUAGAGGUUGGUGCUGUUGCUGUCUCUGUUGCAAGUUCUUCAAGCCGCGACAGACAAUAGAAGAAGCUAAACGAUACGUAGUGCUGUACCCACCGGGUAUAUUUAAAACUAAAAGUGGAGAAAUACUUUACGAGCCUACCGAAAGAGAGAAGGAAUGUUACGAAGAGUUCCAACAUUUCAUUAAAAUAUUGUAG